CUCAAAGCCUACAUCGAUAUUUGUAUUCAUUACUAUCAAUAUGUCGAAAAAGUUCAGCACAGUCCCUCGCGAAGCUCGCAGAGUACCUGAAGCAUUCACCCUACAUGUUCCCGAUCAAGAACUCGAUGAUUUCCGAACCCUUCUGAAAUUGUCACGCAUCGGACCGGAGACUUACUACAACCGACAGGAGGAUGGUCAGUUCGGCGUCUCGCGCAAGUGGUUGAUCGAGGCUAAGGAUGCCUGGCUCCAAUCUGACUGGCGCGGCCUCGAGGACCGUGUCAACGCGUUUCCCAAUUUCAAGGCUCAAGUCAACACUCCCGAAGGGCAUACCGUCGAGAUCCAUUUUAUAGCCUUAUUCUCAGACAGAGCCGAUGCCAAACCUGUCAUCUGCAUGCACGGCUGGCCCGGAUCCUUUCUCGAAUUUCUUCCCAUAUUGGGCCUCCUAGUAGCUAAGUACACACCUGACACGCUGCCAUACCAUGUAGUUGUCCCAUCUCUUCCCGGGUACGGCCUCUCAAGCGACGCGAGCCGCGUCGAUGUGGAAGUCGACCUGGCGGCAGCGACGGCCGUUCUUCAUCAACUCAUGUUGGAUUUGGGCUUCAAGGGAGGCUACGCAGCGUCCGGGGGCGAUGUUGGAAGUGCCGUUGCCAGGAAUAUGUCGCACUACGCAGAGUGCAAAGCUGUCCACGUGAAUCUAAUGAUAGCCGCGUCAGAGGGCGCGGGGCUCACGGAGGAAUACUAUUCCGGCCCUGGAGAGCUUGAGCACUUGAAGCGGCGUCUUGCUUGGGAUGCCACAGCCCGUGGAUACUCAACGGAGCACGGGACUAGGCCGGCAACUAUCGGACUUGCCUUGUCAUCUAGUCCUCUUGCGCUACUUGCCUGGAUAGGUGAGAAAUAUAUCGAAUGGGCAGACCCACGGCAACCACUCAGUCUGGAAUGCAUCCUAGAUUGCGUCGGACUCUACUGGUUCACAUCGACCUUCCCAAGGAGUAUUUAUCCUUACCGUGGGAUGAUAACAGGUACUGGGUGGAAGCCCACGUCGAAAGAUACUCCUCUCGGAUAUUCGUACUUCAGAAGGGAGUUGGGCUUCAUCCCGAAAGCAUGGGUAGAUAAAAACUACCCGAACCUGAUAUUCUACCGCGCACACGAAGAGGUAAGUGUUCGGGACCCCGGUGUCUAAAGUACCUAGCUAGGGAUACAAAUAACCCUAUAGGGCGGUCACUUUGCUGCUCUCGAACAGCCCAAGCGCUUUUUGGAGGACGUGGAAGACUUCCUCCAGACAGCAUUCAACAAAUAGCCAGCAUAGUAUCGCCGA